AUGGCUUCAUCCGGUCAGAUUGUCCUGCAAAUCUUGCACUUCACCCCCGUCUCCGCCCUUGCGUCCCUGACCGCGGCCUCUAAGGCUUGGCACCAAUUUAUCGACGUCACCCACCAAGACGCUAUUUACACAUCCGAAGCCAAAACCGCCCAGCCGAUUGGAGGUAGCCGCGAUUUCUCCUUCCUCUCCGAUGCCCACAGCUAUGGCAAAGUAUUCGAGGGCACAGAAUCAUGGAAAGACCUGUGCAAGCGCCAAACACUGCUGGCUCGCAAUUGGGCCAAGCCACAUCCAGUCAGCCAGGAAUCGGUCCUACAAAUUGGCAAUGAUCCGGUUUGGCGAUUCCGUGCCGAUUUCAAGCGCCGCUUUUUCAUUUCCACUUCCCAUGCUGGCGGGUUGAAUGUCACUGAUAUGGACACGGGCCUUUUACUUUGGCAACUCCCUUCGGUGCUGGACACCGACGGAGAUGGAGUUCGCCCCCAUGCACACUUGGAAUAUCAGGAUGGAAUGGCCGUGUUCGAUAGUGAAGGAGACUCGCUCGAGGUUUGGCAGGCGGACCAUGAAGGUGCAAAACGUGGAGAGUUCCGGCGCAUCGCUACCUUGAACCAUAAUUGCCAGACGAGAGGGUUCCAAUUGUCCUACUGGACUCUCUGCGUUGUUUCCAACGAGGGCCAGGGUUUCGUGUACGAUAUGACACAGCGACCUCCUAAGUUGACAACACACCUGAAGAUCGAGGGAGGUGGUAUUGGCCAUCUGGACCAAAGUGAAGACAUCGUGAUUUAUUCCAUGGGAGCAAAGGGCUAUUUUGCCUACAAUAAGGAGUCUGGUGCAUUCUUAGGCACGUUAAAACCGUCGCCGACGACAGAAAAAUACCACAUCCUUCCUCCCAAAGCCGCCUCUACUUCUACAAGUGCAGCACUAGCAGGCGCAGCGCGAAUUGGCCCAACACCUCAACCCCUUCCCCCCGGGGCUUUCCGAAAAGAUUGUUUGGUACCAAUUGAGGUCGCCAAAGGUCCACUAUCGCCACCAGAUGACCCAACUCAUGUCCGGCAUGGGGAGGAUGAAUGGGGGGCGGGAAUGUUGAACGGCGAUCUUUUCGUGGGCUUCUCUCGCGCUGGUCGUGUCUUUAUAUGCUCCGACUUCCGCAAGGCUCUCCGCGACGAAGCUAGUCUCGCAGCGAACAGCUCCAUUUUGGAAUGCGAAUCAGACGGGUCAAGCUUUGACCUUGGUGGCUGGUUAUCGAUCCGCAACCACCGUAUAAUGUUCGAAAUUCAAGAUCGAAUCUAUGUCGUCGCCCUUGAUGACGACAACAAGGUUCAAAAUGUGGAAAACCCUGCGCGUGCCUCGUACUCGCUGCUCACCAGUUCCGCGCCGCAGCUUGCUGUGCCGAUUAGUUACAUGGCGUUGGCUGAUGAUGCUAUUAUGACUACCUACACCACCCUCGGCUGGCGAGACUCCAAUGUUCCAGGUGCCGUACCUCCACCGCAAGGCAGAGAGCUUCCUCGUGUCUUCCCUACAAAAGUCAUCCGUAUCCUCAGCCUGGCUCCUAACCUCUCCACCAAAUCAUCUGCUUCCGGUGACACGGAUAAGCCUUCAACCGCGGAUAACGGGAGCCUUGGCGCUUCCGGUCCACAUUUGCCAUCUGCAGACGCCUGGCGCACACAGGCUGGGUUAUUACAGCUUCUUAGCAUGCUUGGCGAAGAGGUGGAGUCUGACCAGAGCGACGGGGAAGACGAAUGGGAGAGUAUGAAUGAGGAUGAAGAGGAUGAAGAGGAAGAAGAAGAUGAAAAUUAG